AUGGUUAAAGAUCGGCUCAUCGAGAUGCAGAAGCUGGCGGGCGAGACGGAGCCAAGCUCGUCAACUGAUAUCGGGAAUGGAAACUACAGCUACCAUCGCGAAACGGAGGCUUUACUCGAAGUAAACGAGAACUUUAUGGAAAAUUUCUUGGUUUCGGUAACGGCUCAAAGAAAACAAAUGGACGAAUUGGGAGAAAUGUUAAAGCGAAUGCGGAAGAUCGAGGGAGAAUUGCUGCAAGCACCUGCUUCUGAUCAAGAAAAAGCCCACGAACACGAACGGCUUAUCCAGACGUUCAAAUUGCAAUCGAGUUCAAUACGAAAUGCUCUGCGACAUCUUGAGAAAGAAGCCGAACGUCUUGAAAAGGAACAUCCAAAUCAAACGGGCCAGAUUAAAAUUUUGCGCACCCAGCUUGUCGAUUGCACCCGAACCUUGAGCCACAUGAUUAACCAAUUUCAAGCCCAAGAAGCUUCUUAUGCUGAAAAUCUUCGGAAAAAAUUUGCAGCUGUUUUCAAGGUUCGUGGGAUGCAACUAUCGGAUGAAGAUAUGGCCGAUCUUAUGCAACAUGGAGAUAUUUCAGAGAAAACGAAAGGGUUGAUUCUUGCUCAACGGGAAAAGGAAGAACUUUAUCAAGAAGUGAAGUUGAGACGUGAUGGACUCAUCGAAAUCGAGAAGUCAAUUCAUGAGCUUUCAGAGAUGUUUGUGGAUCUCGCCAAUUUAAUAACUAGUCAGGGUGAAAUUAUCGAUAGGAUCUCGUUCAAUGUGGAGAACACAAAAGAAUACGCGGAGAAGGCGCGGCAGAAUGUCGACGAGGCAAAGAGGUUGCAAGCUUCCACUAGAAAGAAGAAAAUUAUCGUAUUCAUCUUCAUCGUCAUUCUACUGGUUAUUCUCUUCAUAUUUCUACAAGGACUCGUGUGCCAUUUCACGCCAAUUUGC